AACAUCUUCAGGUUGCUGUUAGGACCUGCCAAGGCACUGCAGCGCGUCAGAUGGCAGCACCAGCUGUAGGCAUCGAUCUUGGUACUACGUUCUCCUGUGUCGCAGUUUUCAGGAAUGGCAAGGUGGACGUGAUACCCAACGCCGAUGGCAACCGCAUCACGCCGUCGUACGUGGCCUUCACGGACACCGAACGACUCGUUGGCGACGCCGCCAAAGCCCAGGACGCGGUCAACCCGGAAAAUACAAUUUUCGAUGCGAAGCGACUGAUCGGGCGUCGCUUCGAGGACCCCGUGGUGAAGGCAGACAUGAAGCUGUGGCCGUUUACAGUCAUCAACGAGGACGGCAAGCCUAAGAUCCAGGCCCGGUUCAAGGGCGAAAGCAAGACCUUCUUCCCUGAAGAAAUAAGCGCCAUGUUACUAUCCACACUCAAAAGCUCGGCAGAGGCGUACCUAGGCAAACCAGUGCACAACGCCGUGAUUACUGUACCGGCGUACUUCAACGACUCCCAGCGGCAGGCCACUAAAGACGCCGGCACCAUCGCAGGCCUCAACGUGCUGCGCAUCAUCAACGAACCGACGGCCGGCGCACUCGCUUACGGCCUCGAUAAAACUGAAGAAGAGGAGCGAAAUGUCGUAAUUUUCGAUUUGGGCGGUGGAACUUUCGACGUGUCCAUACUGACCAUCGAAGAGGGCAUCUUUGAGGUCCGCGCCACGGCCGGAGACACGCACCUUGGCGGUGAAGACUUUGAUGCCCGCUUAGUGGAGCACUGCGCCGGCGAAUUCGCGAGGAAGCACGGGCUGGAUCUGCGCGAAGACAAGAAGGCCCUGAGAAGGCUGAGAACGGUGUGUGAGCGUGCAAAGCGUGGACUUUCGUCAGCGACGCAGGCGAGCGUGGAGUUGGACGCGCUGUUCGGUGGUGAAGACUUGCAUGUGGUCAUUACUCGCGCGUGCUUCCAGGAGCUCAACCAGGACCUGUUCCAGAAGACCAAAAAUAUCUUGGAACAAGCGAUGCGCGACGCGAAUAUGGCUACAGACGACAUAGCAGAUGUAGUGCUGAUUGGAGGGUCGACACGAAUCCCGUGCGUUCAGCAGAUGGUGAAGGCGUUCUUCGGGAAAGAACCGAACAAGACCGUAAAUCCGGACGAGGCCGUAGCUCACGGCGCAGCCAUUCAAGCCGCAGUCCUGGACGGUGAUCCUUCUGAGAUCAUCUCUGAUCUGGUCCUCGUCGAUGUGACCCCCCUUUCCCUCGGUAUCGGAUUGGAUGGAGACAUCAUGAGUGUAAUCAUCCCCCGGAACACGACCAUUCCCACUAAAAACACCAAGAACUACUACACUAUUGCCGACGACCAAACCGAAAGUUGGAUCGAAGUGUUUGAAGGUGAGCGAAAGAUGAUAGUCGAUAACCACAAAUUGGGAGAAUUUAUUUUGUUCGGCAUUCCACCAUUCCGUAAGGGACAGGCUGCUGUGGAUGUAACGUUUGAAAUAGACACCGAUGGGAUCCUUGACGUUUCGGCGGUGGAAACAAUCACAAAGAGCACAAACCAGAUAACGAUCACCAGCAACAAAGGGCGGCUGUCGAAGGAGGAGAUCUUGCGACUGGUGCGGGAGGCGGAAGCCAUGAGGCAGGAUGACGAGGCCAGGCGAGAGGCGGCCGAGGCGAAGAAAGAGCUGGAGCGCCUUUGCUGGCGCGGGCAGCUCGAGGGACAGGGCCGCGUCAGGGACAAGUGCCAGUCGUUGCUGGAGUGGCUGGCUGAUGUAGGAGCUAAGGCGUCGGCUCGAGAAAUCAUCGCGAAACGACAGGAGUUGCAACUGCUUUUCGAUAUGGCGAACUUGAAGAUUUAAACCGUGCAAGGGACACGCUAUUGACAGAGUAAAAUAUUUGUUGAAAUAUGUAUACGCUGUUCACGACUAUCCGCAGCAGGGUGAUUUUAACAGGUCACUUUAACGUGUACUUAAAUUAAUAUCGCAAUGGUACUGGUUUAAUAAUAAGAUAUGUUUUGUAAGGUAUGUUUGUCAGCUUACUGGAAAAUAUCUAAGGCUCA